AUGGAUUGUGCGCUCACUAGUUUUGAUAUCACACAAAAUUCACUGUCACGAGAGUAUCCACUACCAGAAUACCAAGAUUUGGAGUCUUUCAAAAAUGCACAUCCAAAUGUAAAGUGGAUUUAUUACAAGGAAUUAUUCGAGAUUCCAUCCUCUCUAGUUUUCGAAGAGAAUCAAAUCGUGAUUGUCAAGUGUUUAAUUAAUGAUAUCCAAAUUGAACGUCAGCAAAAAAGAAAGCGAUCACAGCACGAGCUGACACCAAGAAAGAGUCCAUCAUCGAAGGCCCUAAUGAAUGACACCAUGAUGAAUAGUAGCUUUGAACAACACAACACAGAAACAAGCUCUGAAUCUGGAUAUACUUUGUUACGUAUGGAAACUGAAAGUGUGAACGGAGAUCGAAGAUUGGAUUUAAUCAUUCCUGUUUGGAACAUGGAAUUCACUCAUCCUUCCUACAUCAAAGAUCCCUCUUUUGUAAAUGUUUUAGAUGAACAUUUAGAAGUCUUGCUGAAACUCCAGAGUAGUGACUCUCAAUUUUCCACUCUCGACCAAGUGAUUGAUUAUUAUAGACAAUCCAUACAAGGUCAGUCAUAUAUUUGUGUGGUCGAAAUUCUUUGUGUCGGUCAUGCAGAAUGCAAAUACUUUGUGAAACACAUGUUUAGGGAUGAACUUUGA